CAAAGAAAAAGAAAGAGUUAAGCGUCGCACACGACCGGCGGGGCGGGGCGACAAGGAGCGGCCAAACCACGCUAUCCUAAUCGUCAAUCAUCAUCACGACUUUCCACCGAAUCACGUGCGGGCCCACACUCACACUCACACACGGGCAGGGGCAUUUCCGUCACCCAAAUCUAUCUCCUUCCACCCACACAGUCGCCAUCGCCACUCCUCUCCAUCUCCGACCCAUCGCUCUCCACCAGUCCACGCGCCCCCCCUAAACAAUGGCGGCCGACGACGCCGCCGACGCGCCGCCGGCCAAGCCCCCUCCACCGCCGCAGGACACAGCCGCCGGCGCCGAGGCCCUGGCGGCCUACCUGGGCGUGGCCUUCGCGCUCUUCCUCGCCUCGCUCCCGGGCGGCGCCGCCGGCGCGCGCCACGUCGCGUCGCUGCAGUCGCGGGGCCGGGUCCUGGCCACGCGCCUGCUGGCCGCCGAGGACCAGCUGCGCCAGCUGCGGGCCCGCCGGCGCGAGGACGCCCGGGCCAACGCGCGCGCCGCCGAGAUCUUCGCGGGCCACCGCGCGUCGUGGGCCGAGGCCGAGCGCCGCCUGCUGGCCCGCGCCGCGGCCGCCAGCGACGAGGCCGCCAACCUCCGCGCGCGCCUCGCCGACGCCGAGGCCCAGGCCGCCGCGCUCCGGGCCCGCGCCGACCGCCUCGAGCGCGACGCCGCCGACCGCGACGGGCUGCUCAGCGCGCUCCUCGCCGCCACCGGCAACGGCGCCGGGCAGGACGAGCCCGCUGCGCGGGAGCAGCGGCAGCGUCAGUUGGAUCCGGCCGAGGGUUACGGCGACACCGACGCGGAGGCCCUGGCCGCGGCCGCCGCGCUCUACGCCCAGCAGCGGCAGCAGCAGGACGGCUUCGGCGGCGGCGACGACUUCUACACCUCCUCCUCGUCCUCCGCGGCGGCGGCGUCGGGAAUGCCGCCCUGGAUGGACUCGCGCUCCAAAGGGUGGCAGGACAUGAAGUACGAAUCGGUUGAGUCAGUGUACAACACAAAGCAUGCCGUACCACGGAGAGAAUCACCAUGGAAGGUGGAUGUGGAAUCGUCAGGAGUUCCUGCAAAGCUUCGGCAGCUUGAGCAGGAGUUAAUUAAUCUGGAGAAGGUUGGAAAUGGAGAUCUAUCCAAGAUCCCGUUGGUGCUGAGGAAGCAAGUAAAGAGAUACCAAACUCUUGCUGGGAAGAUUGAGGAUCUUUGCAAGCGAAUGCAAGCGAACGACCCUUGUGAUUCGACACUCAACUCGGAGUUCAGAACACAGCGGCAAACAGAGUACUUGCUGGAGGCAUUCCACCUUCAGCACCGAGCAGCUGAAACAAGGCAGAAGCUCGGCACAGUGCAAGCAGAGACCGCGAAAAGCAGCUUCGGCGAUGAGCUGCCAGCAGAAGCCAAAGUGAGCACAAGAAGAGCACUAAGUUCAGUCAGGAACAACUUCAAGGAAAUCCAGCGAAGCCUGGAGAUUUGGCUGGCGAGGAUCCUCGGAGACCUCGAGGGCAUGCUGGCGAGGGACGGGGCAUCCCGGAUAAGAGAGUGCAUUCUGUCUCCCUACGCUUCUGCUGUUCGAUGAGCCGGGCUGCUAUGGAGCGUUUCUGACUUCAUUCAUCGAUGUGUGCACUACAUUGAGGCACCGUCGUCAGGUAAGUUACGGAAUGCAGAUUCAGCAUGUGAGGCCAUCAGGCUCCCUGUGUUUUAUGGGAUGCAAAUCAACCCUUGGUAAAUGUGAAGAGGGGUGAUCUAAGACCAUGUCAAACCUCAGAUCUCACAUGUUGAUCCAACCCUCCACAAUCCCAUCUCUGUCUCCUCUCAGUAUCAAGGUUUGACACGGAUUCCGGUCAUGUUUUAGAUCACUUCUCUUCACAUUUUAUCAAGAUUACUAGUGUCAAGAACACCGCGGGACGAGGGUGCAUCCAGUUUGCGGGCUCGUGGUGUUUAUGUCCCUUGCCGUAGUUGAUUUGGGUAGCAGUUGUAUACAUGUGGUAUGUGCUUAUGAUUUCUGGUGGAUUCAUCAUAUUACUGUAUGCCUGUAUGUAGCACAUUUCUUUGAUGCACAGAAUUGUACCAGCCUUUGUUAUUAGUCUAUAAGAUUAUUACUGAUGGA